CGGCCAUCUUGGAAUCACAUCACUGUUUCAGGCAACUGUCUGAGCCAUUGCAUGAGCAUACUACUCAUUGAUUUACACCGUAUCGUUAACAAAGAAGAGGAACCGUUUCUAUAUUUUUACUUAACUAAAACAUCCGAUACCUUUUUUUUCCUAUUGCUCACCGAGUGACGAAGCAAACUCAGGAUUAUCGAAAGAACCGUUAUGGCGACUGCUACUCCAAGCCGUGAAGCUGGCCGGUCGGCGGCCUCUACACCUCUUUCUCCGACCCGGAUCUCUCGUUUACAAGAGAAACAAGAUUUGCAGCACCUGAACGAUAGGUUGGCCGUGUAUAUCGACCGUGUCCGGUCCCUGGAACUGGAGAACGACCGGCUGAUGGUCAAAGUGUCCGAGAAAGAGGAAGUGACUACCAGAGAGGUGACAGGCCUGAAGUCUCUGUAUGAGGCAGAGUUAGCUGAUGCUCGGCGGGUUUUGGAUGAAACUGCUAGAGAGAGAGCCAGGCUCCAGAUAGACCUUGGCAAGGCUCAGUCUGACCUGGAAGAAGCCACACGCAGUGCCAAGAAGAAGGAUAGUGAUCUUGCUGCAGCGGUGUCCAGGGCCAGCAGUUUGGAAGGCCAGCUGAACAAGAGUGAAGCAUCUCUAUCUACAGCUCUGAGUCAGAAUGCUGCUCUGACUUCUGAGCUUGCUGAUGUCAAGAGCCUGCUGGCUAAGGCGGAGGACAGCCAUGCUGUUGCUAAGCGCCAGCUGGAGGCGGAGACACUGAUGCGUGUAGACCUGGAGAACCGCUGUCAGUCGCUGAGUGAAGAGUUGGAGUUCAGGAAGAGCAUGUUCGAAGAGGAGGUGCGCGAGUCCCGCCGUCGACAGGAGCAGAGAAUAGUGGAGGUGGACUCUGGAGUCAGACAGGACUAUGAGUUCAAACUGGCUCAAGCUCUGCAGGACCUGAGGAGGCAACAUGAUGAGCAAGUUUCUCUUUAUAAGGAAGAACUGGAGCAAACCUUCCAGGCCAAGUUGGACAAUGCCAAGGUGUCCUCAGAUAUGAAUGACAAGGCAGUAAGCACAGCCAGGGAGGAGGUGCAGGAGGCGCGUAUGAGAAUAGAGGGCCUUUCCUAUCAGCUGAGCGCCCUGCAGAAACAGGCGUCUGCCUCUGAGGAUCGUAUCAGAGAGCUGGAGGACCUUCUGUCAGCAGAGCGAGACAAGCACCGCCAUGCCAUCGAAGGAAAGGAACAAGAGAUGAGUGAACUGAGAGAACGGAUGAACGCUCAGCUCAGUGAAUACCAGGAGCUGUUGGACGUGAAGCUUGCUCUGGACAUGGAGAUCAAUGCAUACAGGAAACUGCUGGAGGGAGAGGAGCACAGGCUGAAGCUGUCCCACAGCCCAUCGGCUCGCGUCACUGUUUCCAGGAUAACGGGCUCUUCCUCCUCCCGCUCCUCCAAGAGGAAGAGAGUGGAGGUGGAGGGCGCAGACAUGCCAGAGGUGGGCAGAGGAGAGGGGCAGCUGCUGGUGUCUGAAGAGGCCACCGCUAGCGGAGCGGUCACCAUAUCACCCACUGACAUGGAUGGAAAUGCGGUCACACUGACCAAUGACACUGAGCAGGACCAGCCUCUGGGCAACUGGAGGUUGAAGAGACAGGUUGACGAUGGGGAAGAGGUCGUCUAUAAGUUCUCCCCAAAGUUUGUCCUCAAGGCGGGACAGUCAGUCACGGUGUGGUCUGCUGAUGCUGGCGUGGCCCACAGUCCACCAUCUGACUUGUUGUGGAAGAGCCAGGCUUCCUGGGGAACAGGAAAUGACAUCGUUACUUCUUUGAUCAACGCUGAUGGCGAGGAGGUGGCCAGACGAAGCGUAACCAAGACUCAGGUAGAGGUAGAGAACGGAGACGAAGAGGAGGAGGAGGCACAAACAGGCAAGGUGUCCUCCAGAGAGUGUGCCAUCAUGUGAAGCCCUCCUGUUCUGCUGAUGGCUUUGACUUCCCCGUUUUUCAAGAUGCUCUCAGAUGUGAUCCUGUCCAUUGCCUCAUCAUCAUUAGGUUUUUAUUGUUCGAGACAAUGUAAGAACUUUUUGGACUAAUGGACUCUGUUUCUACUGCUCUCCACAUUUCUGGGCCUGCUUUAAUAUGUGUCAUUUCCCUACAUGUUACCAGCAAUGCCAACAUCUGUGCAUCACACAGAGAUGAUGGACCUAAACUGUCAAACUGUGGUGUUGCAACUGAAUAUUCCACCUCUACUAAUAGUUCUUUACAUGUCGAUGCUUCCUUCCUACUGGCUGUCUCUCAUUCUUCUGCACUGGGCAUUUUGGUUUCAUCCUUCAUGACCAGCACAAUGUAUAACAAGGUCAAGUAAAAUAACCUGUUACUUGAGUUGAUAAGGACCUCCUUACUUUCUAUAGCCAUAAAGAUAUAAUGAAUUAAUAACUUGUUGAACCAGUGAUGAGCAGUUCUUCAUUCGAUUUUGGAGAUUUUUUUUAUUUUUUUUAUCUUCUCUAAAAUCAAGACAUUUUUGACCACGAGGUCUUAAAGUGUUUCCCAUCCGUUUUUUUAAUUUAAUUUCCAAUGGGGAAAAAAAAACAUAAAUGAUGAUGAUGGUAUGAUUUCUGCUGAGGGUUUGUUAUAAACGAGCAUGUUCCCUUAUAUCUGGAGAUUAGGAUUUAUAGGUGGGGACCUCUCUGUAGCACCACAACACUUCAUCUAUAAAACUCUGUUGUCACAUAUUUUUAUCAAAAAAUUGCAGCUCCUGUGAUUUGGAUAUUAUUUCGAUGACUUGUUCAGCAACAAGUGUUGUUCCUGUUACCCCGACAGAUUUUCCCCCGCCGCACAUUUCCUUUUUGAAUUUGUUUGUCUUUUGUCUUCCUGUGAAAGAUUUGCACAGAAAUGCCGUUGAAGCUGUGUUUCAGUUAACUGUUAACUGGGCUCCCGACAGCAGGACUAAUUCUCCUUGAACAGAAACACUACAGAUUCAUCAACCUUUUAUUUCUGAUGGAAAUUAAAUGGAAAAAGUAGAGACGGUUCUCUCUACGGCCUUUGUGAGGUCUGUAGUGCAAGGCUUGUUGUUAACCCAGUGAUUCCUGCAGGUCGGGUUGAUCAAGUAAUCAAGAUAUUAUCGAAAAAUCAAUAUAGCUAAAUGCAAUUUUUUGAUAAAGGUAAAACGUGUCAUUAUAAAUGAAGCACUGUGGCGCUCCAGAGACGUCCUGACCUACAAAUUAUAAUCUCCAGAUGUAAAGAAAUGUGCUUGUUUGGAACAGACCUCCAGCAAAAAUCUCAUCAUCAUCAUUUUUUAUAAUUUUUCAUUGAAAAUUAAAUGCAAAAAUUACCACUGCCAAUAAAACCGUGACUCAUAUCUGUCAAAAUAAUCACAAUAUGAUUGUUUUUGCACGUCGUUGAGCUGUACCUGCAGCAGCGCAACAAAAACCUUCGUUAUGAGCGACCUGUAAGCUGCUAGAAGCUGCGUUGAUGCCCGCGAGGCCAUUAGGAUCAUUCACAGUGACCUGGUAAUGAAAAGCUCAAAAGUGAACACUAGAAUCUGAAGACCUGCAACACAUAAAAUUUAAAUAAACUCCCCAACAGUGAUGAGGAGCGGUGACCUGUUCUUAAAGCAGAAAAGGUAUCAGGGUUUUUCUUUCUUUUUUUUUUUUUGUGUGCGUCUUAUCAUGAGCGCCCCGUGUCAGUCGUCCGUCUCGCCUCUUGCUGACUGAGCUCAGAGUCCACUGAUGCUCCGAUCAAUCAUCAGGCAACAGACAAAGCUGCUCACAGAGCUGUAGACCAGACCACUAACAGGAAGUGCGUGCAUACAGACAGGAGAGAAAUGAAACUGAAACUUAACUUAAUCUGGUAAAUCAUGUCAUGUAGUUAGCAGCUGCAGACUGGAGUCUCUAACGGUGACGACCAGCUGUCUCUUUAGGAGUAGAUCCUCAUGCAGCCCCUGUAUGAAAGGGCUGCUGUGUUAGAUAAGCACGUGUGUUUGCUGCCAUAUAACUAGUUAACUCAUGGUUAUGUGUUCAAAUGUUUCUCAUGACAUGUCAGCCCUGUUGUAAUAAGUCAGCAGGUUGUCAGUGCUCGGAUAUUGAUUGGUCGGUGUGGCCCAGAUUCUCUCUGCUGGCUCGGUCCUCCUUGAACCAGGCAAAGCCGCGCCGAGUGGGUGGAGAGCUGGGCCACUGAAACAACACAGCCGUGUAACUGGCUUUGUCAAUCUGAAAUAUUAAACUGACGUAACAUUGCCUCAAUUUUUUUUUUAAGUACACACAAGGUAAACAGUGGAAACAACACUCGUAUGAUCCCGUGUGAGGUGAUGCUCUGAUGGAUUAUCUCUGUAUUCUCAUGUUAGUUUGGAUUGCAGUACGUUGUACGAGUGUUGCUCUCACACCUUGUGUGCCAUCUUGGGAAACUCAAGUUUUUCUUGUGUGUUUGUAUGCUGUGCUUUACAUUGCUAGUUAUUUUUAUAGAGUUAUUGUCUUAUGUAAUCAGUUUAUUUACAUGAAUAUUUCAUUUAUUAUUUUGUGUUUCUGGGGUGCUAAAGUCUGGGUGUUCAAGACCUAAAUUGAAGAGUAGAAAUUUACUCUUGGGCUCAAAUAUAUUUCAGGAUUUUGAUAAAAUAAUGCUGAACAACACUCCUGUACUGUUCUGCUGUGAGGGUAUGAAUAUAUAUGUUUCAUGUGGCAGAAACAAUGACUUCUAGUUUAAUAAUUGAUUAGAAACCGCCUUUGAACAUCUGAAUUAGAUGAAGUCUGGCAGUGUUAGACUAACUGUGACUAUACCGUAACUAUGAUUUCUCUGUAACUGUGAUUACUCUAUAAAACUGAGACAUUGUGAAGUUUUGAUACACGGUGGUGAUUCAGUCCCUCCAGGAUUUCUCAGUGUUUCAGUUUAACCACAAGGAUUAAAGCAAAAUCAGCUGAUUCCUGCAAAAACUGGUGAAACUGCUAAUACUCAUUUCACCAAUCACUGCAGUCUCAUAUAGAAUGUAAUUUAAUUUAAUAUAGGAUCUUUUUUACAAACCAAAGACAAAUAAUUUUCAAUCUCAGCAAAAAUUACUUUAUUUUUUUUUUGCAUAUUAAUGUGAAUGAUUAUCAGUUUGUUCUUUAAACAAUGACACGUUUUGCAGCUGAUUUUCAAUUUCUAAACUGUAUUGAAACGACAGUCCUGGAGGGGCUGAUGAAUGUCUUGGGUCUGAUUGGUUCUGUUAAAAUAUAGAUGUGACUGUUUCUCAUGGUUCUUUUAAGAACUUUAAACACCCGAGUCUUGACCUGGUAUUUGCGGGGA